GGUAAAAUAGCGGUUUCCAUGGUAACGCUGUAGGCAAAGCAGCAUUGCACACAAACGCUGCUUUAUCAGGCAUUACAGGCAUGUAAUCACCUUCACCGCGUCACGCAAAGGAGGGGUUUGGAAAAAACGAAUUGUUAAACGAAUCAUUUGGGAGUCGUUGAGCAAGUAAGGUGCGCGUGGGGACAGGGAAAGAGACGUGCCAUCAGCUACUCGACAACUACUAACACUUCGUUUGGGUUCCACAGCAUACAGUUUUGUUUGUUUGUUUGUUUCUGCAACAAUGCUCAAAUCAUGUGAAUACUUCUGAACCUGAACAGUUUUGUGGAAUAUGAUUUCUCUGAUGUGAAGAACAAAGUCCUGUGGAAUAAUUUGCCGGAGUUUAUGCAGAUCCUCACUAAACGCUACAGUUUACAGGAGUGAUUACACAAAGGCUCCAGAUGUGAUCUAAUUGCAGUGAAUGGCCUAACAGGAAAUACAAUGGCUAAAAUCUGCACAGAACAAUCAUACCCCUCACAAAGAUCCGCCUUCACUCCUGAACCAGCUAUUGAAUGGAUCGAGAGAGGGGAAAGUGAUCAGCCUCCCUGUGGACUAAUGAGCAGGAUGUCCCAUUUCAUCCUGAGGUCUGGAGGAAGAUCCACCAAAUGUAAAGCUUCAGAAUGCAGUGAUUCAGUUAUGAUAACAGAGGAGUCUGAAGACAUGGCAGAGCAAAUGGAUGCAUCAUGCGACGACACAGGACAGGACCAACUGCGCAAGAGGAAUUUCAACAACAAUGCAAAUCACUGGCCUCUUGCAACACUGAAUAUGAACAACUGCAACAAUACAGAUGACAAAAAGGAUGACAGGGAGAUAAAGAAAGAUGAUAAGAAAGAAGAACCAAAAAAGGAUGAGAAGAAAGAUGAAAAGAAAGAGGAGAAAAAAGACGAGAAGAAAGACGAAAAAAAGGAUGAGAAAAAAGAUGAGAAAAAAGACGAGAAAAAGGAUGAGAAAAAAGAUGAUAAAAAGAAGGAAGAGGAGAAACCAAAACACGUUUGGAUUAUGGAUCCAGCGACAGAUAUGUACUAUCACUGGUUGACCAUUGUAGCAAUACCUGUCUUCUACAACCUAAUGAUGCUUGUUACCAGAUCCUGUUUUAAUGAACUGCAAGACGAUUACACCAUCUUAUGGAUAGUUUUGGACUAUUCAUCCGAUGUCAUCUACUAUAUUGACACAUUUGUGAGAUCAAGAACAGGUUUCUUGGAGCAAGGCUUGCUAGUGAGAGAAUCUAAGAAGCUGUGGGAACACUACAAAAAGUCACCGCAAUUCAGAUUUGAUGUGGUCUCCAUGAUACCAACAGACAUAUUGAUGCUGAAAGUGGGUUACAACAAUCCCGAACUGAGAUUCAACCGGCUUUUCAAAAUGGCUCGUCUUUUUGAGUUCUUUGACCGCACUGAAACCAGAACCAACUUCCCCAACAUCUUCCGAAUCAGCAAUCUCGUCCUGUACAUCCUUAUCAUCAUCCACUGGAAUGGCUGCAUCUUUUUCGCCAUCUCAAAAACAAUCGGCUUUGGGACGGACACUUGGGUUUACCCCAACAUCAGCGACCCUGAGUUUGGCCGCCUUGCCAGGAAGUACAUCUACUGCUUGUACUGGUCCACUCUCACACUCACCACCAUCGGAGAAACGCCACCGCCUGUCCGAGACAUUGAGUAUUUAUUUGUCGUUUCUGAUUUUCUCAUCGGCGUGCUCAUUUUUGCCACCAUUGUUGGUAACGUCGGUGCCAUGAUUUCCAACAUGAAUGCAUCCCGCGCAGAGUUCCAGGCCAAGAUUGACUCUAUCAAGCAGUACAUGCAGUUCCGAAAGGUCACCAAAGAUCUGGAGGCCCGUGUCGUGAAGUGGUUCGACUACCUUUGGACUGAACAGAAGACCUGCGAUGAAAAGGAAGUGCUCAAGAACCUCCCAGACAAGCUCAAGGCGGAGAUCGCCAUCAACGUGCAUCUGGAAACCCUUCGGAAGGUGCGUAUCUUCCAGGACUGCGAAGCGGGUCUUCUUGUUGAGCUGGUGCUUAAACUUCAACCACAGGUUUUCAGUCCAGGUGACUACAUUUGCAAGAAGGGAGACAUUGGGCGGGAAAUGUACAUUAUCAAAGAAGGCAAACUAGCUGUGGUGGCGGAUGAUGGUGUCACGCAGUUUGUGGUGCUCAGCGAUGGUGCUUACUUUGGUGAGAUCAGCAUCCUUGGCAUCAAAGGAAGUAAAGCCGGUAACCGCAGGACUGCUAACAUACGUAGCGUGGGAUACUCUGAUCUGUUUGCGCUCUCGAAAGAUGACUUAAUGGAGGCGUUAACUGAGUACCCAGAAGCCAAAAAGGCGUUAGAGGAGAAAGGUAGGGCUAUUCUGAUGAAAGACAAUCUCAUUGACGAGGCUGCGGCUAAUGCUGGUGCAGACCCGAAGGAUCUGGAGGAAAAGGUCACUGUCCUGGAGACCAAUCUAGAUGUGAUGCAAACCAAAUUCGCUCGUCUUUUGGCAGAUUGGACAUCCAGCCAGAACAAGAUCAAACAGAGGAUCACCAACAUGGAGGCCAGAGUGAAGACUCUUAGGGAGGAGGAUUUGUCCGAGGUCGUGGAGGAUAAGAAGGACAAAUAGUUCUACGCCAAAAUAGACUGACUUUACACUAUGUCUCAGGAUUACUGAUACACAUUUACCCAUAUAGAGGAAUCUGGCAUCAUUUGAGAGGAAUUGCUUGAUCUCAAAGUAGUACAGCAGCAACGUGUACUAUUUAUAGAUGAUUCAGUCAGAGACUUGGCAUUUCACAAGACCUAAUCUAAUUUGUGAAGGCAUGUAAACAAUGACAGAUCAGACAGUUUCAGCCUCACUAAUGCAGGGUCGUCUUCAAGUAAUUUCGGACAACAAUGCGCCAAGAACAUGCUUAUGUUUUUGGGCAUUUUGGGUCCUGAUGCUGUUGCUAUUAAGUAUUGCAGUGUCUGAAUUUCAGGUAGUGUGAUUCCUAAACUUAAUUUUAGGAGGGUUAUUGUGCAGCUAUACUCUCUGUGAGAUGUCAUGCUGCAAGUGAUUUUGAACCAGCUUUGGUAAAUACACACAAUAUCCUUCAGUUUUGUUGCAAUUUUCGAAGAAGUUCUCAGC